CUUCUUAAAUAUUUGCGCACUCUACUGGAGUAUAAGAACAUUGACAAACCAUUGCAAAUAAGGUGGCUUAAGGACAUAACAUGAGUGACUGUCAGAGUCUAUAUAGAUAAGUUGAAGCAAUGGAGCCAGUGGAUGAGUCCCUGUAUAAAUAUAAAGGACUCUAUUUCAUAACUGGCUUGUCCUCACCUGAAGAUUUAGAUUCACUGGACAAUUUUGAAAUCCGAGAUGAUGAUAUAUUCGUAAUCACAUAUUCUAAAUCUGGCACUGUGUGGACUCAGAAUAUUGUCAGCUUGAUUGUUUAUGAAGGUCACCGAGAUGGAACUGAAAAUAUUACCCUAAUUGACCGAGCACCAUGGCUGGAGUAUAAUAUAUUCCAUGUAGCUUUACCUAGUCGCCCAUCACCUCAUGUCAUUUGUUCCCAUCUGCCCUACUAUUUGGUACCCAAAGGAUUACGAAAAAGAAGAGCAAAAAUUAUUUAUGUGUUUAGAAAUCCAAAGGAUGUCUUAGCUUCUAACUAUUAUUUUCACAAACUAUCAGUCAAAAUAGAAACCCCAAAAGACUUUGAUAUAUUCUUUGAGAAGUUUUUGGCUGGCAAAGAUGAACAAAUAUUAAGUUCUGUACUGAAAAUAUGCAACUUCCUAGGAAGAGAACUAACUGAAAAGGAGGUGGAUGAUGUGGUGAAUAAAGAUACAUUUGAUUACAUGAAGGUGGAUUCUAGAGCAAACUACACGUUAUUGCCUCCUGGGAUUCUAGUUUUCAGCAAAGGAGGCUUUCUUCGCAAAGCUGAAGCAAUGGAGCCAGUGAAGGAGUCCCUAUAUAAAUACAAAGGACUCUAUUUCAUAACUGGCUUCUCCUCACCUGAAACUUUAGAUUCCCUGGACAGUUUUGAAAUCCGAGAUGAUGAUAUAUUCAUAAUCACAUAUCCUAGAUCUGGAACUGUAUGGACUCAGAAUAUUGUCAGCUUGAUUGUUUAUGAAGGUCACCGAGAUGGAACUGAAAAUAUUACCCUAAUUGACCGAGCACCAUGGCUGGAGUAUAAUAUAUUCCAUGUAGCUUUACCUAGUCGCCCAUCACCUCGUGUCAUUUGUUCCCAUCUGCCCUACUAUUUGAUACCCAAAGGAUUACGAAAAAGAAGAGCAAAAAUUAUUUAUGUGCUUAGAAAUCCAAAGGAUGUCUUGGUUUCUAAAUACCAUUUUCAAAAAUUAAACGCCAAUACAGAAACCCCAAAAGACUUCAGUAUACUUUUUGAGAAUUUUUUGGCUGGCAAAGUGGUUAAUAGUUCAUGGCUAGACCAUGUAGAAGGCUGGUCUGCUCAUAAGGGUGAUUUCAAUAUUCUCUUCCUGUCUUAUGAAGAAAUGAAAAAGGAUUUGAGAAGUUCUGUACUGAAAAUAUGCAACUUCCUAGGAAGAGAACUAACUGAAAAGGAAGUGGAUGAUGUGGUGGAUAAAGCUACAUUUGAUAACAUGAAGGUGGAUUCUAGAGCAAACUACACAUUCAUGGCUCCUGAUAUUCUAGAUUUCAGCAAAGGAAACUUUCUUCGCAAAGGCACUAUUGGAGAUUGGAAGAACCUCAUGACUGUUGCCCAGAGUGAAAGGUUUGACCAUGUCUUUAAGGAAAGGCUGGAAAUGCUGCCCUUCAACUUCUGCUGGGAUAUUCAGGAGGAUCCAGAGCCUAUUUCCAGCUCACUGGAGGAAAAUAAUGUUGAUACACCACCUUCAAAAGGCUUGAAUCAGAAAUGACUUUCCAAGAAGAAUCUUUAUAUCACCUUGUAAUGUUUAAUUCUCAACUCUGCAGGGACCAUAGAACAGAGUAACAUUAAAUUUUGCAUUAUUUGUAAACAUU